AUGGAUGGUAUAGAUCCGGACGUCCUGCUAGAAUGGCUUCAAACGGGUAUCGGAGACGAAAGGGAUCUCCAGAUGAUGGCCCUCGAGCAGCUGUGCAUGUUGCUGCUUAUGUCAGACAAUAUCGAUCGAUGCUUUGAAUCGUGUCCUCCGCGAACGUUCCUCCCAGCGCUGUGCAAAAUUUUUCUGGAUGAAACUGCUACAGAGGCCGUUCUAGAGGUUUGUACACGAUGUUAG